UACUACUAUAAAACUGCUUUUUCCCUCCAAAAUCUUCUCCAUUCUUCUAUUACCCAUUUCCCAAAUACCUAAAAGGCUAAAAACUCUCUCUCUCUCUCUCUCUCUCUCUCUGUGUGUGGAGCAAUCAUAUAAGAUGGAAGAGUACUUGCAGUACAUGAAGACUCUGCGCUCUCAGAUGAACGAUGUGGAGGAUCAAGCCGCGAAGAUUUCUGUCGAAGAGCAAGUGCAGUUAACCGCUAUUCAAACCAUGGAAAACGAUCUCAAUUCUGCAAAAUCUGAAACAAAGAAACUCCAAGAAGAUACUGACCUAAUGAUGAAGGCAAAGGGUCAAAUAUGCUCCCAGAUUUUGGAAAAACAGAGAAAGAUUGCCUCUCUGGAGUCUGAUUCAUCCACACUUACGCAGACGUUGGAGCUUAUUCAACAAGAAAGAGCCAACUUUUCUGCCAAAGUUAUGGAGAAGAGCACUUACUACUCCAAGGUUGCAGAGGAUAUGAAUGCCAAAUUACAGCAACAACAGGAUUGGGUCAGGUCUCAAAAACUUAGCAGAGAACUGGAAGAGCAUGAUUUGGUCAAUGUUAGAAUUGAUGAGCAAACAGGUCAAACUGAAGGGAAGGCUACCAUUGACAGCGACCUCAUUAUGGACAAUCUGGAAAAUGGAGCAAAGAAGAACCUGAUGGUGAAAUUAGACUCUGCUAAAGCCAACCUCGAUGAGAUAUCACGAAUGAAAUCCAAACUUGUUAUGGAGAACAGCAAGACGAAGCAGUUUCUUGAGCAAGUUAAGUGCAAGGCAAAUGAUUUUAAGCCAGAGCUAAGAGGAAUGGAUAUAAAGACCCUGGAAGAGGAACACAAUGCCCUUUUAUCAGAUAAAGCUGGAGAAACUGAGUACUUGCAGUCUCUGCUAGACCAAAUUGAAAAACUGAAGGGAAUUUCUCUUCCUGUUAAAUGUGCUUGCGGAGAAGAAUACAAGGUCUGUGUGGACCUAUGUGCGCGACAAAACAUGCAAUAAGUGCUUGAACCUCGGAGAACUUGGAAGGCUUAGGAACGAAAGCAAUAGUGGACUAGAAUAUGUGACUUUCUAUACAGUACUCUCUCACCUGCUUCUUUCUGCGAGCGAGAUGCCAAAUGCGCCAGCACAUAUUCUCGAGCCUGUUACUGCGUUCACGGGUAUUCCUUGUUGCUAUAACCUGUAACAGUCCUUCACCGUCAAUCACAAGUUAUCAUUUUUCUACUUUUCUCGUAGCACAAUAUUGAAAUAUAAGAAAACACCCUUAAUUAGAUUAUAC